AUGUCUCCAAAUGUUCUUUGGGCUAUCCGCCCCGCUCUCAGCUCUCUGCCAGGAAAAGAUUUCUAUGCGUACGAGACUACUUCAAAUGAUCUUGAUUCGAUUGCUAGACGUAAGCCACCUCCUAAAAUCAAUGCAAAGAGAACGUGCCAAUUCCAUCUGGUGCUAUUAUUCCGUUUUGAACAGUCCGAAUACACAUGA